AUGAAAGUGAUCACGGCGAAUUUUGUGACCUGUGCGGUUAAGGAUUGCAAGACAUCAGCAGCGUCCUUCCCUUUGCAUUUCCACGAUGCUGAGCUUGAAAUGCAAGAGAUUGAUUUCCAGCCUGAAUUCAUUCGCAAUGUGAUACCACGUAUCGAUUGGGAGGGCCUUCGUGUGACUGCCAAUGAGCUUGGUUUCCCCAGUCUCCCAGACUCAAAACCCGAGGGCAAAGCACUUGAAGAUGAAAGAACCUUGAAAGACCUGCACCGUCUCCUACUAGAGACACAGGUCAUGGAGGGUAGACUGGUGUGUGGGAACUGUGGCCAUCAAUAUGCGAUUAAAGAGGGCAUCGCCAAUUUCCUUCUGCCAAGCCAUCUCGUCUGA